AUGCCGUCAGCCUUGGCCAUCUUCACUUGCCGCCCGAACUCGCACCCGUUUCAGGAGCGUCAUGUCUAUCUGGACGAGCCCAUUAAAAUCGGCCGCUCUGUGGCCCGCUGUCGACCAGCUCAGAAUAAUGCUACCUUUGAUUGCAAAGUGCUGUCAAGGAACCAUGCUCUCGUCUGGUUUGAUCACAAGACGGGCAAGUUUUAUCUCCAAGACACUAAAAGUAGUAAUGGUACCUUUAUAAAUAGCCAGAGAUUGAGUCGAGGCUCUGAAGAAAGUCCACCAUGUGAAAUUCUUUCUGGUGACAUAAUCCAGUUUGGGGUAGAUGUGACGGAGAAUACACGGAAAGGUACGGUUACCCAUGGGUGUAUUGUUUCCACAAUAAAACUUUUUCUACCAGAUGGUAUGGAAGCCCGGCUCCGCUCAGAUGUCAUCCAUGCUCCAUUACCAAGUCCUGUUGAAAAAGUUGCUGCUAACACUCCAAGUAUGUACUCUCAGGAACUAUUCCAGCUUUCUCAGUAUCUUCAGGAGGCCUUACAUCGGGAACAGAUGUUGGAACAGAAGUUAGCCACGCUUCAGCGGCUACUAGCCAUCACCCAAGAGGCCUCAGAUACCAGUUGGCAGGCUUUAAUAGAUGAAGAUAGACUCUUAUCACGGUUAGAAGUUAUGGGAAAUCAACUACAGGCAUGCUCCAAAAAUCAAACAGAAGAUAGUUUACGGAAGGAACUCAUAGCAUUACAGGAGGAUAAACACAACUAUGAGACGACAGCCAAAGAGUCCCUGAGGCGGGUUCUUCAGGAGAAAAUUGAAGUGGUUAGAAAACUUUCAGAAGUUGAGCGAAGUCUGAGUAAUACUGAAGAUGAAUGUACCCACCUGAAAGAAAUGAAUGAACGGACUCAGGAAGAAUUAAGAGAAUUAGCCAAUAAAUAUAAUGGAGCAGUUAAUGAGAUUAAAGAUUUAUCCGAUAAAUUAAAGGUAGCAGAGGGAAAACAAGAGGAAAUCCAACAGAAGGGACAAGCUGAGAAAAAAGAAUUACAACAUAAAAUAGAUGAAAUGGAAGAAAAAGAACAGGAGCUCCAAGCAAAAAUAGAAGCUUUGCAAGCUGAUAAUGACUUCACCAAUGAAAGGCUAACAGCUUUACAGGUACGGUUAGAACAUCUUCAAGAGAAAACUCUUAAAGAAUGCAGCAGCUUAGGGAUACAAGUUGAUGACUUCUUACCUAAAAUAAAUGGGAGCACAGAAAAAGAGCACUUGCUUUCAAAGAGUGGCGGGGACUGCACUUUUAUUCAUCAAUUCAUAGAAUGCCAGAAGAAGCUGAUCGUCGAGGGGCAUCUAACCAAAGUGGUUGAAGAAACAAAGCUUUCAAAAGAAAACCAGGCAAGAGCAAAGGAAUCUGAUUUAUCAGAUACUCUGAGUCCAAGCAAGGAGAAAAGUAGUGACGACACUACAGACGCCCAAAUGGAUGAGCAAGACUUAAAUGAACCCCUUGCUAAAGUGUCCCUAUUAAAAGAUGACUUGCAGGGUGCACAGUCAGAAAUUGAGACAAAACAAGAAAUUCAGCAUCUUCGCAAGGAAUUGAUUGAAGCCCAGGAGCUAGCUAGAGCAAGUAAACAAAAAUGCUUUGAACUUCAAGCUCUUUUGGAAGAAGAAAGAAAAGCCUAUCGAAAUCAAGUUGAAGAAUCCAGUAAACAAAUACAGGUUCUUCAAGCCCAGUUGCAGAGGUUACACGUCAAUAUUGAGAAUCUCCGGGAGGAGAAAGACAGUGAAAUCACAAGCACUCGAGAUAAAUUGCUUAGUGCCCGAGAUGAAAUAUUACUCCUUCAUCAAGCAGCAGAAAAGGCUGCCUCUGAGCGGGACACUGACAUUGCUUGUUUACAAGAAGAGCUUAAGAAGGUGCGAGCUGAGCUGGAGCGGUGGCGGAAAGCAGCAUCUGACUAUGAGAAAGAAAUCACAAGUCUACAAAAUAGUUUUCAGCUUCGAUGUCAACAGUGUGAGGAUCAGCAGAGAGAAGAAACAACAAGGCUACAAGGUGAACUAGAGAAGUUGAGAAAGGAAUGGAAUGUAUUGGAAACCGAAUGCCGUUCUCUAAAAAAGGAAAAUGUUUUGCUAUCAUCAGAACUGCAGCGUCAAGAAAAAGAAUUGCACAAUUCUCAGAAGCAGAGUUUAGAACUUACAAGUGAUCUCAGCAUCCUGCAGAUGACUAGGAAAGAGCUUGAGAAUCAAGUGGGAUCCUUGAAAGAGCAGCAUCUUCGGGAUUCAGCUGAUUUAAAAACUCUUCUCAGUAAGGCUGAAAACCAAGCAAAGGAUGUACAGAAAGAGUAUGAAAAGACACAGACUGUACUCUCAGAACUGAAGUUGAAGUUUGAAAUGACUGAGCAGGAAAAGCAGUCAAUCACAGAUGAGCUCAAACAAUGUAAAGACAACCUGAAGCUGCUCCGAGAGAAAGGAAAUAAUCCUUCCAUAUUACAACCCGUCCCAGCCGUAUUCAUCGGCCUAUUCCUGGCUUUCCUGUUUUGGUGUUUCGGUCCAUUGUGGUAGAGAAAGAAACCCUGGCCCUGGAUGCCCAUGUUGGCUGCCCUGGUUGCGGUGACAGCCAUCGUGCUGUACGUGCCAGGUCUGGCCAGAGCUUCUCCAUGAGAGCGUUUCUUGAGUCCGUACACCGUCCUCCCUCUAGAAGCUGGCACCACACUCAUGCUGGGGACAAACAGAACCAUUUUCUUCCUUUUUUACCUCUUAUAACAGCAGAAGUGCAAGAAUACAGCUGUAGGGUCAUUGCUUUAAAUUAUAUAAAAUGUAUCUGUCUAUAAAGAGGAUAUAAAAUUGUGACUUUAUUCUACUGUAAGCAAUAAUUUGCUUGCAAUUUUUCAUGUAAUUUUUAAAUUAGUAUGUUGAGAUUCUGAAUAUUAUGGUGGCCUAAAGUAGGCUUCUUGGUACACCAGAUUAUUUAUAAUAUUAAAUUUAUGGGUAUUUUACUCUGAAUUCUAAUGGCCAGAUAAUUCAUUUUUCUGAUUCGAUAACUACCCAAACCAAACAACUGAUACAUACAUGGGAAGAGAGGCCCUGUGUGCUCAGUGCCUAUCAGUUUGAAAUAUAUACACAUAUAUAUAUUUUUUUUACAUAUUUACGCCAUUUUUACUUGUUAUAAAACCACUGAGCUAUUGGGAACAAGACUUAGAGACAACUAUCUGCGUGGAUUUUUUUUUUUUUUAAGGAGAAAUACACUUGGAAAAUAUUCUGUUCUAGUGAUAAUUUGGGGAAUAUGUGCACGCUUGUUCAGCCUUAAUGUGACUUGACGAUGUGGAGGACAUCAACUUCGAAAAACUUUCCAUGAGAGUGUGUAUUUUCUUGAGCAAACUGAAAUAUUUCUGGGAGCAAAAACAUAUUAAUUAUACAAUUUCAGUGCAGUAAACCAAACUGUUGAGUCAAUUGGAAUGUAAUUUAUUAAACCUCAUGUAUUUAAAGACAUAUUUUCUUUAAAACCCAAGUUACUUUCUCAUAUACAGCAUUUUAGGAAGCAUGAUUUUUUUUUCUAUCAUCUCUUCCUCCAAGCAUGUUUAAUUGAAGAAAGAAUUAAUCUCUCUUUAGAUAAGCUUUUACUGACUUAAUUUGGUUAUGAUAUUUCAAAGCUAAUUCAUGUUCGAGAUGAGCUGUUAUUACCUACCAACAGAUUUCCUGGUUGGGUAUGCAAAUGAUUAUUUUCUUUUUAUUGUUGUUAAUUGGGACAUUCUGUUAAUAAGAAGCAAUAUUCCCAGGAUUAAUAGUGUUCCACGCACAGUGAAGCACCUAAACACUGCUUGAUGUUAUAAAUUUGAAACACGGAAGUGAAAGUUUAGCUAUGGUUUUGUGCGGCACCGCAGGUAUGUCAAUAAAGUUUAUUUAGGUCAUAGAAUAUCCUAAAGUAUCACAUAGUUAAAUUUUUCAGUCAGUGAAGACUGAGAGGAAAUGUCAGUGAACUGGCUUGAAUGUUCUGUGGCAAUCCACAGGCCUAGCCAAAUAUUGAAAUAGAAGUUUAGGAUAUAAUUUGCCUUGUGAUGUUUGGCAGUCAUUGUUUAUACUUUAAAGGUUAUAUUUUAAGCUAUUUGGGAUUUGCUGUUGGGAGGAUCACUAGAUUUAUGGAGGAAUUAGUCACAAAUGACCUGUAGAAAAUACUGUCAUAUAGUUCAUUUCAUCGUUUUCUGUUGCAGGAAGCCACUCCACCACAGAAUGCUAAUAUGCCAGUGGUACCCAGUACCUCUUGUAUAUAGGUUAUUGCAAAUAUUGUUCUGAAAUGCUUAACUUCAGAAUUACAUUUUUUAAAGUAAAUAAUUGUUUUAAAUCUAUUUUGUAAAGAUAUAAAGUACAAUAGAAUUUCUGGAGUACAGAUUAAACUAUUUGCACUAACACACGUGAUGUGCAUGAUUUAAUAAAAUAACUUUACUCUCCCUA